AUGGAUGCCGCAAUCAAGGUUUUUACAUCAGAGAAGAUUCCCAUCUUCCAGUUGGAUGACGACAAUUACCGAGAAUAUGAGAAGCUUGUAGUCACGUCAAACCUGCUUUUUCGCUUCACGAGGCCGCCUUGCGUUGUCCAGCCAGAGAAUGCCGCCCAUGUGCAAUCCAUCGUCAAGCAGGUCAGGGACCAAAAGCUUCGGCUCACGAUAAGAUGCGGCGGUCACUCCUAUGCGGGAUUCUCAACCGCCCUCGAGAAGAACAACGUCUUGAUGGACCUCAGAAAGAUGAACAAAGUCAAGCUUGACGUCCCAGCCGACACUGUCACCAUUGGUGCAGGCUGCCAGUGGGGCGAGGUGUACAGAACCCUUAUCAACGGGGACCACAACGGGUUCAUCAUCAACGGCGGUCGUUGCCCUUACGUGGGUGUCGGUGGUUUCAUCCUGGGCUCUGGUCUAGGCCCCUUCACUCGGACGUUCGGGAUGGGAAGCGAUACUCUUCUGGAGGCGACUCUUGUAACCGCUAAAGGAGAGGUUGUAGUGGUCAAGAAGAGCGACGAUAAAAAGUCUGACAAGGGCAGACUCUUCUGGGCACUUCAGGGUGCAGGCCAAGCGAACUUUGGUGUUGUCACCCAGAUGAAGCUCAAGAUCCAGCAUUUGAACAGCAGGAACGGCUGGGUGGUCGGCGGAAGGUUCCUCUGGUUUCCAGGACAAGACAAGAUGGACCAGUUGCUACCCACCAUGAACGAGUUCUACAAGGUCGACUGGCCCACUGAGAUCACUAUCGACAGUACGUGGCUUUGCGACUUGCGAGAGAAGACGGGCGAUGGGGUUCGAUUCACCGUGUACUUUGACGGAAGCAAGGAAGACUACGACAAGAUCAUCGACAAAUACAUCAAGAACCUAGAUGUCAAGAAGCAGCUCAAGAAAAGAGCUCUGCCAGAGCCCUCCACGCGGUUCCUCUACGAGACACUCGAGGAGCAGUGGUUCGACGAGAGCAAGAAAUUCUUUGCGGAGAACAAGACUUACAGAGUAUUUACCGCCUUCGCCUUCAGCAGGGAGCAAAUCGACAAGGACGUCGACAAGAUCACCAAACUCCUCCACGAGGAGAUGAAGACAUUCCGGGACUUGUACCUAGGGGAAGCCGUCAACCUCGACAUUGUUUGGAUCCACACCGAAGGCCAGGCAUCGAAGCCAAAGCCCACAAACACGGCCUUCUACUGGCGCAAGGCGCUCUACCACACCUACGUCGAGGUCCUCUGGAAGAACAAGUGGAUGGAAGGCAACAUAAGAGGGUUCAUAAGCAAGCUAAAGAAGAAGCUCCGCCCGUUCUCGCUAAGGAGGGCCGCCGCGUUCUUCAACUUCCCCGACAGGGACCUGGUCCAGGGGGGCUACGAAAAAGCCUACUUCAGGGAGAACCGCCAGGAGCUGCGGCGCAUCAAGGAGGUCUGGGACAAGGAUAACCUCUUCAGGUGGGCCCAGGGUAUCCAGCUUCCAAAGGAUGCGGUCGACGACGCGUCUAGGGACGUGGACCGAGACUAUUAUAAGGACCAGAUUGAUCAAAUUGCGCUAGAUUUGUGGGAUCCGAAGAAUUGGCAGCAUAAUGUGGUUAGGAGCGUCGGUGCGGCUGGAAAGAAGCUUGCGGAGAUGGGUUUUUGA